AUGGUUUAUUUAAUGAGUGUAGCUAAAUACCUUAGAAGCUAUGAAGAGUUAGUUAAAUUUUCAAUGAUAAAUAAGAAAACAAAUGAAGGAUUACAGUCAUUUAAAGAGAAUUUAUAUUUAGAUAAAGACAAUGUAAUAAAAGAAUUAAAGAUAUUUGGUGGAAUGACUAAUUAUCAAGGAACAAAUAUUAUUUCUUCAUUAAAAACAAAUUAUGAAUAUUAUGAUAUUGAUGGAAAUAUUCAAGGAAUUCCUAUAAACAAGAUUCGUAAUUGGAAAACAGAUAGUCUUUGUAGUAAUAUCAGUGAAAUGAAAUCAUUAAAAAAGCUUAAUAUCACUAUUGGUGGUGAUAUGCAAGGGAUGGAUUUGUGCAAAAGAAAUGAAAUUGGAAAGGGUUGA